AUGUGGUGUGUUCGGUGUUCUCAUUGCUGUUUGGCAUGCGAUCCACUCUCACAUGGCUCAUCGUUCCGAUUUGUGUCGUCAUCCUGGGAGUCUACGCGAUUAAUUAGUAAACGCCACAAAUACCUCUAUCCAUUCCUUAUUAUUACGAUAGUCCAGCAGCUGGUGUGCAUGAUGAUGGCGACUAUCAUCCUAAUUUUCUCAUUUAUUUCCUUCGAUACAAUGCGGCAGAUCAUCGGUCAUUCCCUGGAUUUCGACACCCCACCGUCGACGAACAUGGCCCUGGCGGUGAUUGGGGGCACUGUGGCCGUCUGCGUGGUUCUUUCAUUUGUGCACAUAUGGCAGGCUGUUAUCAUCUAUAGGUAA